UGUGCUAUCUAUAGGUGUUGCCGGUGCCCCUCAUCCCUCCGGACGUCGCGAGUCGAGGGAGCUCCUCUUCUUCUUCCCAUGCGCUGGCCAAAGUGGAGAAUGUGGCAGCCGCCUGCGGUGCCAAGGCCAUCCUGUCCACAGUCGCCUACCACACCGCCGUGCGCGCGUCAGCAAUCCGAGACACUUUGCUGUCGAGGUCCGGCGGGCGACCGUCGUGGCCAAAGCUUCCCUGGAUGCACACCGACUUGUGGGUUUCCAAGCAAAACAAAGAGGCCGAGGAUUACUUUAGGGGUCGCGGGGAGGCCGAGGAGAGUGAAAGAUGCUGCUUCCUCCAGUUCACGUCGGGCUCUACUGGCGAUCCCAAGGGCGUCAUCAUCACCCACUCCGCUCUCAUCCACAACGUGAAGCUGAUGCGGCGGCGGUACAAGAGCACGUCCAGGACGGUGCUGGUGAGCUGGUUGCCGCAGUACCACGACAUGGGUCUCAUCGGGGGCCUCUUCACUGCGCUGGUGAGUGGUGGCACCGCCAUUCUCUUGUCGCCCACGAACUUCAUCCGGAGGCCCUUGUUGUGGCUCGAGGCCAUGAGCAAGUACGGGGCAACGCACAGCGCGGCACCCAACUUUGCGUUUGAUCUCGUCGUCAACAAGAUGAACCAACAACCCGGCAUCACGUACCAGCUCUCGUGCCUCAAGUUCCUCAUGGUCAGUGCCGAGCCGGUAAGAAGCUCCACGCUCAAGAGAUUUCUCAAGACCAUGGAAAGCUCGGGGCUCAAGGAAGAGGUUGUUGCUCCUGGUUAUGGACUGGCCGAGAACUGUGUGUUCGUCAGCGUUGCAUGGGGGCGGGGCAGGCCUUUAGUUGUGGACUGGCAAGGCAAGGUUUGCUGCGGGUAUGUGGACAGGGGCAACCCGGACGUGGAUGUGAGGAUCGUAGAUCCAGAGACUGGCGUGGAAGUGGGAGACGGUGUGGAGGGAGAGAUUUGGGUGAGAAGUCCGAGCAAUGGUGCCGGUUACUGGGGAAACGAGAGGCUCAGUCAGGACACUUUUCAUGCAAGGUUAGAAGGCGGUGAAGAAGCUAACAGGUUUCUCAGGACUGGCGACCUGGGAAGGGUGGUCAAAGGCAUGCUGUUUGUGACUGGGCGGAUCAAGGACUUGAUUAUCAUCAGGGGCCGGAACGUCUACCCGUCCGACAUUGAAAAGACCGUGGAAGCAUGCUCCGGAUCACUCAGGCCUGGAUGCUGUGCUGCUUUUGGUGCGCCUGGACGAGCCCUCCACUCCAAAGGGAUCAAAGUUUGUGACGAGGACGAAGUUGGGGUGGUGGUGGUUGCAGAAGUGCGAGACGAAUCAAAGGUUGAUCCCGAGCAGCUCACUGCACACAUUUCCUCUAUGGUUGCGAGUGAGCAUGGCUUGAGUGUCGCUUCGGUGAGGCUCGUCAAGCCGCGAACGAUCUCAAAAACUUCAUCGGGAAAGAUACGGAGGCUUGACUGUUUGAAGCAGUUCACUGAGGACAGGCUGGACAGCAUAAGUCCCACGAUUGAGAAGACUAAGAAAAUUCUAAGACUUCGAAGGUCGAGAACUUUUAGUGGGACUCCUAGCGUGAUACCACCGACGCCGCCACCGUCUGCUGCCAGUGUUGCUCGUAGCAAAGCCGGGGUUACUAGCUUCCUGACGGAGAUCCUGGCUGAAAAGUUGGGAUUAUCUCAGGCUCAAGUCCUUUCCACGAAAAGCUUCGCAGAUUAUGGACUGGAUUCGAGCUCUGUCGUGUGGGCCGCUCACAAGCUCUCAUCUUUCUUGGGAGUUCACGUUGCUGCUAUAGACAUCUACACGGCCGGCUGCAUCUCAGAGCUUGCCGACUCAGUCGAGAGCCUGGUGCUCACCACUAAGUCCUCUACGUCUUCGCAGCCAGUAGUGCCACCUGCGAUACCAGAAACCGAUGUCUCGGCUAAGGGGCCGAGCAAGACCGAGAUCUCAAACUUCAUCUGCCAGAUCAUCUCCGAACGGACAGGCAUCGACUUGUCCAAGCUGUCGCCGUCCCAAAGCUUUGCAAACUACGGCCUUGAUUCCGUUGCGGUGGUGUGGGCAUCACAGAAGCUAUCCAACUUUCUGGGAGUUCACGUUGCGGCCAUCGACAUCUACACUGCUGGUUGCAUAUCUGAGCUGUGUGACGUGGUGGACGGUCUCGUCGGCAAGACAGUAGUAACGCAGCAGCAACAGGGCACUGAAAUCGAUGAUAAAGCUAGCUUGUCAUCGUGCCGCGGGGGACCUUAUACAGAUGACGAUUUUGAGGGCGAGAUCGUGACGGACUCUCAGCUGGAAUCCGGCAUUCUUCCAUCGCUCCAACGCCAAGUGUGCAUCACUCUUCUACAGCUCCUGGGCAUCAUUUACGUGGCAUGGACGCUCCUCGUCCCUGCAGCGUUUAUCCUGAGGCAGUUCACGUCCCUGGUUGCAGACCGGCCUGUUGUCGCUGCGGUGCUCUGUGCUCCCUUGUGCUGGUUGCUCUACAUGGCAGCCACGGCGUUGGCAGCCAGUCUUGGGACGAGCUUCCUGCUUCCGGUGCUUCAUCUUCGGACCACAGUCCCGCUAUGGUCGCUCAACUUCGUAAGGUGGUGGACAUGCUACAGGCUCCAGGAUUUCGCAUCGGCCAGGAUAGUAGCGACUCAGUUGCGGGGAACGGUUUUUGUCAACUGGUGGUACCGUCUGCUGGGAGCACAGAUUGGAUCCGGAGUUGAGCUGGAGACAACAGAUAUUACAGACCCUUGGCUUGUGGUGCUGGGUGACGGUGCUGCCAUCGGAGAGGGUGCAACCCUGCAGUGCCACGAGGUGAAAGCCGGUGCUGUCCAGUUCAAGCCCAUCAGAAUAGGACGGAGGUGUUCCAUCGGUCCCUACUCUUUCAUUGGCCUUGGUGCAUCCCUGAGGGCCACGUCGGUGUCUCCACUGGGUAAGGUUGAUGGAACCAGCCAGCUUGGAGUUCGUCACCUUGAGGAUGAUUCUUCCAAAGUUCACCCCUCACGUCGACAGGACAAGAACAGCACAAUGUUGUACACAUUGUGUCAAGCAGCCGGGUUGUACGUUGUGAGCCUCGUAUCUGCGAUCUCCGGGGUGGUCGGAUACGUGGUUUUUGUGUGGCUCGUUGACAAGCUCGGUAUCCUACCGGCUGGAGCAAGGGAAUCACAAACAGGCUAUAUAGUGUCAUCGCUCUUGUCAACGUUCCCUUGGGCCGUGACUGCUGCAAUUCCGCUCUCAGUGUUUCAAGACCCGAGCUCGAUCGUCGACUACUUGAUAUACGUUGCUCUUCAGGGGAAGCUGCUGGCGCUCGUGCUGUGCAUGGGAUGUGCCUAUAUCGGUUAUGGUGCCAGCCUCUGCUGGAUGACUUGGCUUCUGAAAUGGAUACUGGUUGGGAAGCUGGAACGCAAGGGAGAAGUGAGGAAGAACUCGAGCUUUGGAUAUCGUCUCUGGCUGGUUCGCAGGCUCCUUGCAACGACACAUGCGAGAUUUACAUUCCUGCUCACGGGCACCGAAGCCUUGUGUUUCUACCUGCGGGUGCUAGGUGCCAAGGUUGGAGACCGAGCUUCAGUCCGAGCUAUAAACGCGAUACUGGACCCAGAUUUACUGGACCUGGGAAGUGGAUCUCACUUGGGCGACUUUGCAAAAGUCAUCACCAGUGACAACGGUUGUUACGCGAGGCUUGACGUCGGGACAGGCUGCGUGGUUGGAGCACAGAGCGUGCUUAUGCCUGGCUCCUGCAUGGAGGAAAGCUCGUGGCUGGGAGCCUUGUCUGUAGCAACGAGCGGCUUUACACUGAAGCAGGGUGGUGUGUACCUGGGCGUAGAGAAUCCAACAAUGGUAUACAACCAUGCCUCGGUAGCUCACGAGCAAGACAGCAGGAUUGUGGCCAUGGACGCGGAAUACAGAAAGACGGUGGCCAACCUCUCGGCUCACAUAGGCAAAACGAGCCAUUCCGUCAAGUCGAGGUACUUCCACAGGGCUGGGAUAUGUGGCAAGGGACGCCUCACUGUGCUGGAAGACCUGGACAGCAGCUUUCCCCGCCACGAUGUCUUCUCCAAGGGGAAGUCGUAUUCGGUUGUUGUGAGGCACAGCAACAGCUUGAGCUCGGACGACGAUGCCAGGCCAGAUGCCCGCGGUGCUUCGCUGCGAAUCCUGAGGCACGACCACAGUUCGCUUCACGAGUCACUUGUGGAUCUCACGCUCAAGACGGGCCAGGCUUUCUACGCCAGAAAUAUUGCCGACUUUGUUACGUGGUUGACGACGAGCAGCAAGCGCAGGGAGGAGAUUGUGAAAGACUCCCCGCACAGAGGCGAUGCAGUGUGGGACUCUCUACGUCUGGGCAACUCAUAUGCCGAGCUGCACUACUACUCCAACGUUUCCAGGCUUUUCAAGUCGGCUUCGUCACCCAAGCGAGAAUGGUACGUGAGGUUCCGAAUGAGGCCACUGGAUCCGCAAUAUGGGGUUGACGAAGGACGGAUUGCACGGGAGGGUGUGCUCCCGCCGGACACCGGCGCGCUGCCUCGACGAGACAAAGACGAGCGUUCACCCAGCUAUCUGCGAGACGACUUUGCACGGAGGCUUGCGUCCCCGCAAGGCGUGGACUACGUGCUCCAGCUCCAGCUACGCCCAGUUCCCGACAGCCUCGCCGAGAGGGACCUCGCUAUCGACUGCACCCGCGCGUGGGACGAGCAAGCUUUCCCUUACGUGGACGUUGCCGCCAUACACCUUGACGAGCUUGUCGACCCCGCACUGACAGAGGCGAUGAGGUUCAACCCCAGGAACGGUGUGCCGAGCCUGGACAUGAUCCCGGCAACCAGCUUGCGGGAGUCGGCGUCCAUAGACCACGGGAGGUCGGUGGCCUACGACAUUGCUCAGUACGUGAGGAACGGAGCAGAGCUGCCCGGUGCAUGGAAAGCCCUCCUGAGAGACUCAGACGUGCCUCUCGCCAAUGACAUUUCCAACGACGGCAACAUCGGUUGCCCUGCUCUAUCCGGAUGCCUUCCGCCCAACGUGGCAGUGCUGCCGGAAACCAACUGCAAGACGGCGACGGCGACUGCCAAAACGAGGCUCAAGUUCGGUUUGAUUCGAAGCAUGCAGCCACUCUUGCAGCUGUUGGCCCCCGCUACUCUCCUCGGGCUCUCUCAGCUUGCAGCUCUCCUCCCGGCGGCGUUGAUCGCGUCUCGAGCACCCCGCAGCGACUGGCUGUUCCUGGCACUCGUCCUGCUCUCGUACAUGGUGUCGGCUCUCGUCUUGUCCCUGGGCAGCAUCUCAGCGAGGAGGAUCCUGGUUGGAGGAAGGAAGGGCGUGCAGGAGAAGAGCAGGAGCGAGCUGUGGGGAUUGAGGAGCCUCCAGGACACGGUGUGGCAGUGCGUCAACUCGGUUGCGUGCGGCUACUUCCUCGACCUCACCAGAGGCUCGGCACUCUCUACAGGCUACCUCCGGCAGCUGGGAGCGAGCAUCGACACCGCGGGUGUGUACAUGGACACACUGUAUGCUCUCAAUCCGGACCGCCUGAGCGUCAAGACCGGCAGCAGCAUUGGGCGAGACGCGCUACUCUUUGGUCACGUGUACGAGGGCGGCGGCGACGUGCAUUUUGGCAGCAACGGCGUUGGGGAGUACGCAUUCGUGGGCGCCCGCUCGCUUCUCCUCCCGGGAUCCAGCUUGGAGGAUGGAGCCGAGCUGCGUCCCCUGGGCCUGGCCAUGAAGAACGAACUUGUAAAGGCGUUUUAACUUACUGAUUAAAGAAUGUUUUUUUACCUCG